AUGGUGUCAAUACAUGCAAAUCUGUCUCAUCAUUGUCGGCACACUCCAUUGUCUGCUGACGUGGUUCGAGCCGAGGGGAACGGAUUUGGCACGUCCCGCCUUUUCGUGAUCCACAUCUGCCCGACAAAUUCGGCCAUUGGGCAAUCGUUGUUGACAUUGAGGCAUUCCUGCUAUAUUGUUGCCCGCUUUCUCCGCUCAAUCCCCCAUUCCGAUACACCACAAGUCGAUCUCACCUACAAAUCGUUACUUUGGAUAGUUAUUGUCCCUUGCGCGCCAUUCUUCCCCUUCCUGCCGAUGCUCAUCUUGAAGACGUUCAGCGUCCCCGAAAUGUUUGCCCUCCAAGGGUGGCUCGUCUCGCUUCUCGCCCUCCAAGCCAUUAUCAUCCACCGAAUCGUUCGUUUCGCCCGUUUUCAGCGUCAGAAUAUUAUCCAUGGGAACUUGUUGUGG